GCCAGCCUGGGACCUUCGGCACAAUGAGCAUACCGUGAUCAGCUGUUUUGUCUGUGUGACUAACUUCCCGUACCUCGGUCCCUGGUUCGCUUUCUCACUCUGCCUCUAACGCUGCGGCCCCGGUCUAGUGGGAACUCUUGCCGGUGCUGUAGCCGCGAGAGUUUCCCCACAACAGAUUUGCCUAUUCACCGCGUGAUUUACUCAUUUAUUUUAUAAAGUACCGACGGGGUAGCGGCUCGGCGGAGUUGCCAGCGUUUUCCACUUGGAAACAGGGAGCGCGCUACGGAGCACCGGGAGUGACUCAACCAAGUUUUUUUCCUCCGUACCGCCUGAGGAAUGAAAAGACAGUGUGAAAGGGAGACCAGAAAAAGCGCUUGAUUGAAUGAGCAAAAUGGAAAGCAAAGAUACCAAUGUGGAGGGACAUGCGCUGCCAGGAGCAACAUCUCCGCCUCCUCCUCUGGACACGCCUCCCGCCAUGCAGGCCCCCCAGGAGGUCAGCCCCCCCUUGGGCCCCGCCCCCGGCAAGAGGACCGACUCCCCCCUCAAGAACGACACGGACGGGACAGCGAGGACCCCCACCAAAGCUGACCUCACCCCCAAGUCUCCUGCAUCCCCCGGCCCCCUGCACAGGAAGGAUGCCGUCAGAUCAGAGGACAGACAGAAGCUUGCCAAGGAGCGGAGGGAGGAGAAGGCCAGAUAUCUGGACGAAUGCGGCCUGCAGCAAGCUGCUAAGAAGAGCCAGUGGCUGGAGAAGGAGGAGCGGGCCCGGCAGCUGAGGGAGCAGCAGAUCCAGGAGCGCCGCCGGCGGUUGGAGGAGCAGCGGCUGAAGACAGAGCGACGCAGAGCUGCCCUGGAGGAGAGGCAGAGGCAGAAGCUGGAGAAGAACAAGGAGCGCUAUGCUGCAGCCCUCCAGAGGUCCAGUAAGAAGACCUGGGCAGAGAUUCGCCAGCAGAGGUGCUCCUGGGCGGGAGGGCUGCACAGCCCCAGCCAGAGAGAGAGCAGGUGCUCCGUGUCGGCGUUCAACCUUACCAAACACGUGGACUCAGUCCUUAACAAGCGCCUCUCCAAGUCCUCCGCCACCCUCUGGAACUCUCCCAGCAGAACCCGUAGCAUCCAGCUUAGCCCGUGGGAGAGCAGCAUAGUGGACCGCCUGAUGACCCCCACCCUCUCCUUCCUGGCCCGCAGCCGCAGCGCCGCCAGCGUGCUGGGACCCGGCCGCGACGGACAGUCUCCUCUGUGCCCACGCUCGUCCUCCGCCAGCCCCCUGACCCUGUGUGCUCACCGGCCUCACCACCGCUGCUCCGAGCGCUGGCACGUCACGUCCAGCACGCCAGACAUCACUCAGCGCAGACGCGACUCAGCGCCCAUGGACAGAAAGAAGAAAGAGAAGAAAGAUAAGGAGAGAGAGAACGAGAAGGAGAAGAUUGCCCUGGCCAAGGAGAAAGGGCUGAAGAAGAGACAGUCCUUACCCAGCAUGAGACACAGGGCAGACCCCAGCCCCAGUCCCUUAUCCAGGCAGCAUGUGGGGUCCCCCCCCACCCCCCGCGGGCGACACUCCUCCCCCGGCCCCCAGCCCUCCCCGGCUCGGCCCAACCCCUCCACCCCCUCCACCCCCAAAGCCCGGCCCAAGAGAGCCAGAACCCCCGCCAGGCUUACCCCCCGCACCUCCUCCCCCGCCCCCCUGGAGAGAGCCAAGGGACCCCCCCGCACCUCCUCCCCAGGCCCCCUGGAGAGAGCCAAGGGACCCCCCCGCACCUCCUCCCCAGGCCCCCUGGAGAGAGCCAAGGACAGCCCUCGCAGACCGGCCACCCCAGAGGACCGCAGAGGUGAGUAGGGAGACCGGACGGAGACUGUCGGGUGUUCAGCUGGUAGAUUUAGACCUGGGCUUCUCAAACGUCUUCACUCGGACAAUGUGUGUGUGAGUGAGUGUGUGUGUGUAUGUACCGUCUGACAGCCUCUGUUGUCAUGGUUUCAUAACCAUUUAAAGAUUCUGACCACAAACUGUUAUGGUUACACAUAAAGUUGUGGUUGGUUAUAAUAUCGCCUUCCUACCUCACCAUGGAAACGGCAGGAUAUUUAUACUCUGAUGUGUGUGUGUGGCAUGUGUGGUGUGUGGUGUGUGUG